GAAAGUCAUGUGCUUGCCAACGAUCAGUUGGCAUCAGAUCGUCGGAAACACAAGUAUAAUGUACCAACCUGUGGUUGUUUUAUUAACCCUGGCUACUCUGGCCUUGGGAAGCUAUUCGGCAGCAGUAGUUGAACCCAUUGAUUUCUACAAGCUAUACGAUAAUCCAGAGGCUCACUUAGCCCUCAAGGAUAAAGCGACAACGGCCGAUCGCACUGCCUUGCAUGGAUAUCCUUCGGAGCACCACCACAUUAACACAAAAGAUGGUUAUGUCCUAGGAGUGUUCCGUAUUCCCUACUCCCAUAAGUUGCAGAACCAGAAUGCAAAGCGACCUAUUGUGUUCCUUCAGCAUGGACUGGGCAGCUGCUCAGAUGCCUGGAUUUUGCAAGGACCCAAUGAUAGUCUGCCAUAUAUGUUGGCUGAUGCAGGAUACGAUGUGUGGAUGGGCAAUGCUCGAGGCACUUCCUAUUCCAGAAACCACACGAAACUCUCCCCGGACCACCCAACCUUCUGGCAAUUCAGUUGGCAUGAGAUCGCCAUCUACGAUAUAACCGCCACUAUUGACUAUGCCCUGAAUACGGAAAAUGGCAAGGGUCAGGAUGCCAUCCACUAUGUGGGCCAUUCGCAGGGAACUACGGUCUUCUUUGCCCUGAUGUCCUGGCUACCGGAUUAUAAUGACAAAAUCAAGACCGCCCACUUGUUUGCCCCGGUGGCAAUCAUGAAGAAUUUGUCCAGUCGAUUGGUGCGCUCCGUGGGUCCCUAUUUGGGCCAUAAGAACGCAUAUUCAACACUUUUUGGCUCUCAGGAGUUCCUGCCACAUAAUGAGUUUAUUAUGGCCCUGUUCUUCAAUAUCUGUCAACCGGAUUUUAUGCUGCGUCCGGUUUGCGAAGGUGCCGUGGAGAAACUCUACGCCGGAGGUCGUGUCAACAUGACUGCUAUGCCGGAAGCCAUGGCCACCCAUCCUGCGGGCUGUUCCACGGAUCAAAUGCUGCACUACCUGCAGGAGCAGCAAUCGGGCUACUUCCGACAAUAUGACCACGGCACCAGGAAGAAUCUGGAGCUCUACGGCUCCGAGGAUCCUCCAGAGUAUCCCGUGGAGCAAAUCAAAUCCCUGGUGCACUUGUGGUACGCUGAGAGCGAUGCCCUGGCCGCUGUGGAGGAUGUGGAGGCCAUAGCCGAACGACUGCCCAAUAAGGUGAUGCAUUUCAUGGAGGACCCAGAGUGGAACCAUGGCGAUUUCGCUUUGAAUCGGGAGGUUCGCGAGUAUGUCAACGAGCCUGUAAUUGCCAUCAUGGAGGAAUACGAGUUAAAGAACAGUGGAGCGUGAUUAAAAGGUUCCCUUAUCUUACGAAAACAUUAUUAGCGUGAUUUAUUUUAAGUUAGCCCGAUAAGUUAGACAAACCUAAUCGAACAUUAUUUACACAGACAAAAAACAAACAAACAAACUCAGACAAUUAGAAAACGAUUUAUUAUGGAAAAUAAUUUGUUUUUGAAUUCUCAUAAAAAGAGGAUACGUAAAAUGAAGGCAGAAAAGUGCUUGUUAUAGGAAGUUCGAUGAUUAGUUAUUAUUUUGAACUACGCAGGAAGUACAUUUGUGAUUCGCCCCUGGGAAAAACGGUUGAAAUCAUUUGUAAAAAAAUCAAAAACCGCUUAUAAAAUUAUUAUAAAAACAGAACGUCCUGUUAUGUUCAAAAAAAUGUAUGGAAGUACAUAUUUUUUUAAAUUUCUAAACGCUGUUUAAUCAAAAACGACCAAACAUUGUUGCCCAUUUUUUAAGGUAUCAUCUAACAAAAGAAAAAAAAAGUGAUUUUCUUUAUUUUAUAAUAGGACAAAUGCCAAAACUGUGCUUAGAAAAGUCAUAUUUAACACAAUCACGUGCCAUUAAGUCUGCACAACAAAAAAUUUAAAUUUUGUUGCCCUGUGUAAUCAAUGCUGCUGCAAUAUAAUACAAACUGAUCAACACUCGGUUGUUGAUUCAUGGACUUUGAUUCAGGGCUUUGAUUAUGUAUUAUAAAUUUAUAUUCCCUCCGCAACCUUUAUUAAGUUUUGUGUAGUUUUUCGAAAAUAUUUAAUAAUUUUGUAUAACUUCUUUUUAAUUGCUUUAAAAUAACACACACAUCGACAUUUCCAGAAAAUCUGAUGGUGGCACACAUAUAAGAAUAAGCAGCUCAUAAUUCUCGUUUUACGUGGAAAUAAUACGCAUAAGUGCCACAUUUUAAAAUGUCCGUAAGGUUAUCAAUGGAUUCAUUAUCACUAUAAUAUAUAAUUGUGUAUUUCGCAUCUCUUUGGCAUCGUCGUUUGCUUCAGUCUUUAAAUAUUCUGCUCCGUCGACAGUCAGCCGCAGUCAGCCGCGUAAAGGAAAAAAAAGAACGAAAAUGAAGUGUAUUUCAGUCGUUCUGAUUUGCUACGCUUUUUGGGUAAUUGAUGGUGCAAGUACAAAAUCGGACGACAUUAAAAUGGUGGCCUUUGUGAAUAUAAGUAACGGCGUUCGGCGUGUUGAUCUUUUAGAAAAAAGUCUAACCUUAUCGGAAGCAAGGAAUUAUUUAAAUAUGACUUCACCAAAUAUAUUUUAUCAUCAUACCGAAGAAAAAAUAAAUGGAGAAGAUGUGCCAAUUUAUGAUCCAAUAAGUGUAUCACUAGAAAAAAACAUCACAAUCAAUGAUAUCAUUAAUGGUAAAGGCAAAUUUUAUGUCGGAAUCUUGCAACAUUUUUUGGAUGUGAUACAUAUAUCCGGUGAAACAGAUGCAAGACGGUUAAAAAUUGAGCCUACUUGGCUGGAUGAGACGCUUGCAGAAUUUCGAGUGAGAUUAGGAUCGUUUGGAUUCGGCCUGGACGAUGCAUUUUACGCUAAAUUUGACAAAACGUAUUCAGCUAUAUUCAACGAAAGUGCACACUCCCUAAGAGAAAUAAUAAUGAACCAUAAGGUUUAUAUUGGUACCGCACCCGAAAACAUUUCGAGAUUCCUGUUCGGUGUAAACAUAAAUUCCAAGGGAGAUUUAGUCACGUGCAAUUUUAAAGUAGCAGAUUUAAAAAAAACUGUGACCCCAAGAUACGUAUUAACUGCUGGUUUCCAGUCCAAAUUUACAUCUAGUUUUCAAGAACUAAAGGCGAUGCAGUCAGGUAUUACGGACACAUCGGUGUCUGCGAGCGGAAGUGGUUUUUUCGGACUCUUUUCUGUUUCAGCCAGUUACGAACAAAGUAACAGUCACAAGAAUUCACAUUCGCGUCAGAUGUAUACGUCUUACAAUUUUGCUUCUUACGUUAUCGAGAAACAAGAAAUCGAAAUGACGCAAAACGAUUUGCAAAUAAGCAACGCAUUCUACACCGAUCUUCAAAGUGCUUUGGAGCCGGGUCAGUCGCAAGCACUGAAGGCUAGGAAAAUAGUUGAAGUUUUGCAGAAGUAUGGAUGGUUUCUACCGAUUCACUUCAAAACUGGAGGUGCAUUCCGAGAAUAUAAGAGCUCACAAGUAAGCAGCUACGAAGAAGCAAAAGAAAAGAGCAAUAGAUUCGCAACAGAAUUCAAAGCGGGACUACAGUACCAUGGCUUUGGUGCAGAAGCCGGUUUUAAACACGGUUCAGAAACACAUUCGCAAGACGAAAGCCGACAAAAGAGUGAAAACGAGGAAAGUGUACGAACUAGCGUAGGCGGGGAUGGUACAGCAUUCACCAUUGAAGCGUUUGGGAAUUCACUUAAGGAACCAGAAAACUGGAAAAUUAUAGAGCAUAAACGACUUCUUCCGACUCUUAUGUUACUACAUGGUUACAACAAUUGGUCGAUGUCCCAAAUCAUGAAACUCCUGUCAGAUUAUCGCACGCAACUUCAAUAUUUAGCGGGAGGUGUCAACAUAAGAAAAUAUGCUCAGAGCAUCGAGCAAAUGUUGCAGGGAAAAUAAAAUUCGUCUAUUCAAUGGCUUGAGACCAUGGAUAAUUUGUAUCUCAGUCUUUUAAAAUAUUCCUUAUUUCAUGUCAUGCUGUAACAAAGACAUUUUUUAACUACCAAAAAUAUUGUUUUAAUAAAUUUAUUUUAUGUACACUGUUGUACAUUUAUCAAUAAACUAGAUUUUGACAAUUAA